UGGUUUGGUGCCGACUGCCAGUACAAAUGUCACUGUAAGAACAAUGUAGCUUGUGGCAUUACCAAUGGUGACUGUCCUAAUGGAUGUGAUAGUGGAUGGUUUGGUCCAGCGUGUCAAUAUGGUAGGUCAUUUAACUAAUAAGAAUUUGUUAUUAUAUUUUCGAAUAGAUCUGUGUUAUUUGAUUUCUUUUUUUUUUAAAUACCAAUAGUCUCAGUCUCCUCUAAGAAUCAAAUGGUUCUGUUUACAUGAGCGUUAAGGCAAAAUGUCAUUAAUAAAAUCCCCAGCUGCAUUCAAGCUUUUAUGUUUCUAAAGACCACAUUUUUAUACCUGAUUUUUUUAAAUUUUUUUAUUUAUUUUUUUUAAGUAGUCGUUUUGUUAGUGUCCCUUAUAGAUUUAGUUUAUUUUUCAGGUGACAUAGCAAAAAAUGCAGCACUCACACCUAACAAUGACUUGACACAAGAAGUUGACAAGAUCACAGAUGGGGAUGACACAACAUGUGCUCUUCUCACUGGAUCUAGUUGGUCACUUGAUGUCACUUGGAGCUUUGAAUUUUAUUUCACCUGGUUGAGGAUUGUUGUCAGGAAU